AAGGAGAGAAGGUUCUCUCCCACAUCUCUCUCUCUCUCACACACACACACACACACACAUACAUAACACACUCGUUCAAGAAAACGGGCUACAAUUGGAUCUGGCAAAUCUUGAAAGCAAGUGAUGGAUUACUACUUCAGAUCUCUGACCAGAUUUUCAAUUUCUACCAUUGUUCUUGCUAUCUUGCUUUCUUCAUUCAGUUUCACUUCCACAGAAGCCUAUGAUGCACUUGACCCAAAUGGAAACAUCACAAUCAAAUGGGAUAUCAUUAGUUGGACCCCUGAUGGCUAUGUUGCCGUGGUUACAAUGUAUAACUUCCAGCAAUAUCGCCACAUUUCCCCUCCGGGGUGGACCUUAGGUUGGACCUGGGCUAAGAAAGAGGUGAUAUGGAGCAUGAUGGGCAGUCAAACCACCGAGCAAGGAGAUUGUUCAAAAUAUAAAAGUGCACCACCACAUUGCUGCAAGAAAACUCCAACGGUUGUGGAUUUAUUACCAGGAACCCCUUACAAUCAGCAGAUUGCGAAUUGCUGUAAGGGAGGUGUUAUCAAUUCAUGGGCCCAAGAUCCCAACAAUUAUGCUAGUUCAUUCCAGGUUAGUGUUGGUGCCGCUGGAACCACUAAUAAAACGGUCAAACCACCCAAGAACUUCACCUUGCUGGCACCCGGUCCUGGCUAUACCUGUGGACCAGCUGUAGUUGGUAAACCAACAAAGUUUAUUACUGCAGAUGGAAGAAGAGUAACUCAAGCUAUGAUGACUUGGAAUGUUACAUGUACAUAUUCACAAUUUCUGGCUCAAAAAACUCCCACUUGUUGUGUAUCCCUCUCUUCUUUCUACAAUGACACAAUCGUACCCUGCCCAACGUGCACCUGUGGAUGCCAAAACAACAUCACUCACCCGGGAAGUUGUGUGAAUCCAAAUUCGCCAUAUCUAGCUUCGGUUGUUAAUGGUCCUGGUAAGAGCACCUUGACACCCCUGGUUCAAUGCACGAAACAUAUGUGCCCUAUUCGAGUUCACUGGCAUGUGAAGCUUAAUUACAAGGAUUACUGGCGCGUGAAGGUCACCAUUACAAAUUUUAACUACCGGAUGAAUUACUCCCAGUGGAAUUUGGUCGUCCAACAUCCCAACUUCGACAAUCUCACUCAAAUUUUCAGCUUUAACUACAAACCAUUGACUCCUUAUUCUACUAUAAAUGAUACUGCUAUGCUAUGGGGUGUAAAAUUCUACAACGAUUUUUUGAAUCAAGCUGGACCAUUGGGGAAUGUUCAAUCAGAGCUACUCUUCCGUAAAGACAAAUCAACCUUCACAUUCGAAAAGGGUUGGGCUUUUCCACGAAGAAUCUAUUUUAAUGGUGAUAAUUGUGUGAUGCCACCACCUGAUGCAUACCCAUAUCUCCCAAAUGCCAGCGCUCGGCUAAGCUUAUCUUUACUCACUCUAUUGGCGUCUUUGGCCUUUUUCUUUGUGUUUGUUUGAUGAUCAAGUUAGCACUUGAAGAUUUUUCGCAUGUGGGGUGUCUGGUGCGCACUUCAUCUUAAACAAGAAAAGUUUAAGUGUGUAAUGUGGGUGAAUUCACCUGGUUUUUCAUUGUUGCUUUACAUGUAUUGUUUUGUAGAAUAGUUGAAGUUAUAGUGUUGUAUAAUUAAAAACCUACAAGUGAUAAUUUAAAGCCGAUUUUGGUUCU